ACCAUAUGACCAUAUAUGAAAAACUAUUUCCGAGCCAAUGUUAUUUUCCUCUUGCAUCCUUCCUCACUUGUUUUGUCAGCUGGGCCAUCUAAGGUUCUGGUGCUAGUGUGGAAAAUCGGUCCAUUGCUAACAUUUGAAGAUGCAUACGCUGUUACCAUGAUAGAGAUAACAAAGAGUGAUCCUCGUGUUCUUUAUGAUAUUGAUGUGGUGUUGGAACACGCUUGUCAACAGGAUCUAGACAUCUCACACGGAUCUGUGCUAUAUGAUGUUGAUGAGCAAACUGUUCGAAGUCUGAACGGCUGCAGGGUUGCAGAUCAAAUUCUUAAACCUGUCCCCAAUGUUGAGCACUUCCGGACGACACUCAGAUGUUUGAAGUUUUGGGCUAAAAGACGUGGUGUUUAUUCAAAUGAGAUUGAGCUGAAUAAGGCCCAGUGGAGUGCUCUAUUUGAACCUUAUCUCUUCUUUGAGGCAUACAAAAAUUAUCUACAAGUGGACAUAGUUGCAGCUGAUGUUGAUGACUUGCUGAUGUGGGAGGGAUGGGUGGAAUCCCGGUUUAGACAGCUUACCCUGAAGAUAGAGCGAGACACGAAAGGGAUGCUGCAGUGCCAUCCAUAUCCUAAGGAAUAUGUCGACGUAUCCAAGCCAUGGCCGCACUGUGCUUUCUUUAUGGGUUUGCAGAGGAAAGAGGGAGUGAGAGGUAAAGAAGGUCAGCAAUUUGAUAUACGUGGAACAGUCGAUGAGUUCAGGGAACGAAUAAACAUGUACAUGUUCUGGAAACCAGGGAUGGAUAUAUAUGUUUCUCAUGUUCGCCGGAAGCAGCUUCCUCCCUUUGUUUUCCCUGAUGGGUAACUAGUCAAACCAUGUAGUCGGAAGACGGGGGUGGAGAAGGCCGAAUGUGCAUUGGGGUCACUUCUAUCACUCAUAAACUCAAUUUCCAAGUGAGUCACUCGAUUUGUGAACUCUGGAUUAGGAAUUGUACCAGCUGGAAGUGAGAAAACUGAAAGUUCUGGAGAAGAUGGUGGGAGAGGGGGAUAUUUGCAGGAUGAUUCACUUUUGGAAUUGCCAGAGUUGCUUGGGAAAUGGCACUUUAUAAAUGCGAAUAGGGUAUUUCAAAACGCCUUGUCAGAAGAGGUUAAGGUUUUAACAUAAACUCUCUUAUACAUGUUUUCUCUAUUUUCCUUUUUUUAGCACAGACAAUGUCUUUAACUGGUGCAAAUUGUGGUGGCAGGUUCUGCACCACUAUACGUGAUUUGUUCCCAGUAACUGUGCUUAAUACCUUACAAGUUUUGUGUACCCGUAGUGUUUAUCUCAUCUCUUUUCUCCAAUACAUUUUUCGGAACCUGAAAAGUCUUUUUAUUCCCGAUCUUGUAUUGUAGAGCCAGCUGUAGCAAUCGGGAGUACCGUCAAUUUUGAAGAUGGAGCUAGGUCAGGAUCUUUGCAGAGGCCAACAGUAAGGCAUGCAUUUGAAACUCAUAAUAUUUUUUAAACAAACCAUUAUAUCGAAACAGUAGUACCAAGUGAACAUUUACUGCAAAACUGAGACUAACAAGCUUAUGAGUCCAAAAGUAUUUACAAUGCUUCCCAUCUCUUAUGCAUAAAACUAUACUGAUCUUGAAAGUUGAAACUAGUGGAAAUUCGGUAUGUGGAACCCCGACCGAUGCUUUCCCGCCGGCAUAUAUUCGCAGCGAGAUUUCUUCUCAAUUAUUAUGUACAUUACACACUGUAAACUAAGCUAUCGUCCACCUCUUUACUGCGUUUGUAACUGGAAAGGCAGGUGGCAGUGCUGAGGAGGGGAGAAACAUCAAAGUCACUUCCCACCUCUCCCACUUCAAAACCAUUUGACGGACCAUGGCCGAGAAGAAUGUGCACAACUUCCUUCAUGGAAGGACGAGUUGAAGGUAAUGUACUGGUGCAGAUGAGUCCUAGUUUUAGCACGGUGGCCAUCUCUUCCAAGUAACAAGGUUUUGCGAUCUGCCCAUCGAGGGCAUCAGUUAUGGCCUUUCCCUCGCUGUAUUCCCGCCAUGCCCAUUCUGCUAGGCCUGUAUGCUCAUCUCCACAGUUGGGUUCUCUCCCGGUUGUUAGUUCCAGGAGUACAAUCCCGAAGCUGUAGACGUCUAUCUUUUCGUUGAUUUUCGUUGUAUAAGAAUACUCUGAAAAGCAAAAUGUCGUACAAUGUAAGCAAUGUCCGAAAUAUAUGAAUGCUAAACAGACCAAUUUAAGCUCU